AUAUUCGCCGAAUCAAGGGACCGUGUUAACCAUCAAUAUCAUCGCAUCUUCGAUCGAGAUGAGAGUCUAUAGAAAGGAGUAGAUCGCAGCCAUUUUCGUUAAUCAGUACACGUAGAUAUAUAGCUAUAGCUGGUUGGCGUCACUGUAUCCACGGACUGGAGUCGACGAAAGCCCCGUUCAUUUUACACGUUAACAAUUGUCACUUUUGAACGUAAGACUGCUGCUAUCGGGAGCCGGUUGAUCUGAUAUACGUGGCAAGAACUUGCUUUUCGAAGACUUUUUCAAGCAAGGAGGUCUACUAAAUACGCAAGCACAAUGACAGGCAAAAUGACUCUAAAAGAUAUAAAGGAUAAGCUCGAUGAUGAUACGCUGGAUCUCAGUUUAUGUGAUUUAGAAGAAGUGCCUGUAAAAGAAAUUUCUACUAUCAAAAGGUUUUCUCAUCUAGAUUUAUCAAACAAUGCACUGGUUACAUUACCCAAAACUUUUGCAACUCUGACGCAAAUAAUAAAGUUAGACUUGAGUAAAAAUAUGUUAACUGAAAUACCUGAAAAUUUUGGAGAACUUAAGCAGUUGAGGCAUCUGGAUCUAUACAGCAACAAAAUCAGUAGGCUUCCCUUAAGUUUAGGAGAAUUGAAGAACCUAAAGUGGUUGGAUUUGAAAGAGAAUCCACUGACCCCUGCAGUAGCCAGUAUCGCUGGUCCAUGCAGUAAUGCCAGCGAGUGCCAAGCUUGUGCUAAAAAUAUUGUUACAUAUCUUGCCAAUGUCAAAACGACCAUAAAUGAGGAGAAACAGCGCCGUCUCACUGCUGUACAGGAAAUUGAAAAGACUACAGCUAGCAAUAAAAAAGAAGCCAAGAAGAAGAAGAAAAAUGCAGAGAAAAAAGCUGCUGAGAAGGAAAAGUCUCCGAUUGUUAAGAAGGAGCCACCACAAGAGAAAAAUAGUGUACCAAAAUCUCCUAAAUCAAAAGUUGAUGAGCAUUCUAGUAAAAGAAAAGAUAGCAAUGCAGGAGUAUUCAGUCUCCUUUGCAGAGCCUUCAUUUCGUUGAUUAUGUGGUCAGUUUUCUUCGCUCUCCUGGCAAUCACUGUUUUAGCUGUAUUUCCAAUGUAUAAUGAGCAGCAAUCAGAAGAAAUCUUCAAGUACGUCGAGGUUCAAACAGGUGUGCCGUUAAAACAUUAUCAUCACGAGGGUAUUAGAUUAUUAGAAUCGUUCAUUGACAAAACGAAGUUGUGGACUAAUCACACGCGAGAGUUGGUAGAGAAAACUUACCAGCAGUACUUUUUAGAUGAGUCUGCCACUCAAACAACUAAGAAAAAUUAAUUCGCAAAUUGUGAAAGGUCUUUGGGCUCCCUCGCAAUUUUUCUUCUUCUAAAAAUUUUGAACGAACAAAUCAAUUGUAUAUGAGACUUAUCGGUUGUAAUAAUUUUUAAUGAUUUCUUAUUUCUUUCUUUCUUUUGAAAGAGCGCAUACGCGUUUGCCACCAAGUGGCAGUAAGCAUCAGUUUUUAACAUCGUACUUUUAGUAGGAAUUUUAUUUAGUCAAGAAGCUCUCGCAUUUUUGAGAAAUCGUUUUUAUUUCUACAUUCCACCCGCAAAGUCUGAUUGAAAAAAAAAAUUAUUUAAGUACUGAUAUAAUCUAAUCAUAAUAAAAAUGUUAUUGUACUGUUAUAUAAAUAAAGAUAACUACGUUUCUCGAUGAUAG